UCCGUUCAUACUAAAAAGGGCACGGUUCUUCCUGGAAGCUUAUCAUGGAACAAAUUUAGAAAAGCAACGUGCAUGUGUGUUUGCUAACAAUGUGCAAACACUUAAGCUCCUGAUCCAGAUAAAAUAUAGAUGCGGAUUUGUGUUUGCCUCAUUCUCAAAAGAGAGGUGAACUUAAUGGUUUAUGGUUUUCAGAGCUGUUACAAAUCCCAUGAUACCUUUUGAUGUUCUUACCAAUAGCUUGGUAAACCAGGCGCUUGUUGAGGUUAACCCUCAGAUCCUACUGGUUACACAAUAACAAUAACAAGCCUUAACUUUUUUCAGCAAUGAGGAGACAAAACAAUUGGCAUCUUUUACUUAAUACCCCAUCUGCAUUAUAAGCAACAUCACCAGUGUGUGUGAGUUAUGCACUAAUGUGUAUUUUGUCACAUCUCCUGCUGUAGGAUAUCACAAUAUCAUUGCCAUCUGUGCAGUCUCCCUCUAAAACUAUUACUUUUGAGAGUUCUUGUGGAUGAAUUUGAGUCAAAGUUCUUCCUUAAAAGUUCUUCCAAAUAUCUGAAUAUCUGGUGGUUUUGUAAAUAUUGUGCUUACUGCAGCGUGUUUUAAAAGCUCUAAUAUGACUAAGAUGCUGAGGCUGACUAAGUCACAGUGUGGCCGCACUUUGUGCAACAGUGCUUCUGUGUGCACAGUAAGCAAACCUCCUGACUCCUCCCCCUGAGCAGGCUGUUUUAUUCCUGUGAGGUGAUGCUCGGUUAGUAACUUAAUAAAGCUGCUGGAUGCAAUCCCGGGGCACAAUGUGUGGACCAUGUUCGUCUGACAGACCUGCUCUCUUCACUACUGAGCUCACACAGCCUGCUGCUUUCCUGAGGUUUCUGUCCUGGUGUAACUGUCAGAACAUAAUGGUGGCAUUUAAAGGGAUCUGGACCAAGGACUUCUGGAGGGCUGUAUCCGGAGAAUACCUGGCCACUCUCAUCUUUGUUUUUCUCGGUGUUGGCUCCACCAUCAACUGGGCUGCAGAGGAGGAGAAGCCUCCCCCAGCUGAUCUAGUCCUUAUCUCCCUUUGCUUUGGCCUGAGCAUUGCCACCAUGGUGCAAUGUUUUGGCCACAUCAGUGGUGGACACAUUAACCCGGCCGUCACUGUAGCCAUGGUUAUAACUAGAAAACUAAGCCUGGCAAAGGCAAUGUUCUAUGUGAUGGCUCAGUGCCUGGGCGCUAUUACAGGAGCUGGAAUCCUCUACCUAGUAACACCUGCUGCUUUAAGGGGGUCACUCGGUGUGACCAUGGUGAACUCCAAAAUCUCAGUAGGACACGCUUUGCUUGUGGAGCUGCUUAUAACAUUUGAACUCGUCUUCACCGUGUUUGCCACCUGUGAUCCCAAACGAACAGACCUAGGUGGCUCUGCUGGCCUGGCCAUCGGUUUUGCUGUAGCCAUUGGCCACUUAUUUGCGAUUCCAUAUACAGGAGCCAGUAUGAACCCUGCUCGUUCCUUCGGGCCUGCAAUGGUCACACUUAACUUUGAGUACCACUGGGUGUACUGGGUGGGACCCAUUCUGGGGGGCAUCCUUGCUGCUGGUCUGUAUGAGUACCUGUACUGCCCUGACCCUGACUUAAAGAAGAAGCUGAAACAGGUCCUUCAGAAGGAUGCAUCAGGGAAGUACAAGGAGGUAGAGGCAGAGGACAUUGCCAUCAAGCCGGGUUCCAUCCACACCGUCGAUCUGGAGAAAUCUGAGAAAAAAGAUCCUUUCCGGGACUCGACAGGAGAAGUGCUGUCCUCUGUAUGACUAUCACGUGCACUGGAAAUGGAGACCAAUCUGUAGAGCAGAAUGACAAUCAAACUGUGGAGUAUCCAUCUUGAGCCUGUCCCCUUUCAAAUACUUCAUCCUCAAAGCAGAAUAUGAUUUCUGUCCACGAGGCUUUACUGCAGGGCUGAAUUACUUUCAUUGUCAUAAAGCUAAUAUGGUCAACGUCCACAGCCUAUCAAUACUAUUCCUAAGGCUCCGAACGAUUUUGCAGCAGUGUUGGCAUGCAGCAUACAUUGCACGCUGUAGAAUGACAGCCCCGCAAUACAUUGAGUUAAGGAACUAUGUAUAGGGUCAACCAAUUAUGCAGGGUCAUCACGCUGAAUUGGAGAAGUGAGGAGGAAAAUGCAGCCUUGUUAUUUUUGGAUUAGUGUCACAUUUGGUCCAUGUGCUGUAUAUGUAAUAACAAGUGAGAUUCUCCUUGUGAUCAUUAAGCACAUUACAGGUCCCAAGCAACAUAAGACAGCUCUGACAAGUAUUAUCAGAGGUGUAUUACACUGCUCUCUAUUUUCAGUGCAUCAGUCAGGGAAACAACCAAUUUAUUACUAUGAAAACACUGUGUCUUAGUAAAAGUCAAUAUACUUUUGGAUGUUUAUAAUGUCUUCAACUAUAUAAUUUUAUUUUUUCUAUUCACAAUAUUGUGACAUUGUGCUGUUUUUACAUUUUUUCCUUUUCUAGAGGUAGAUUUGAUUUUUGUUUUCAUCUUGUGACUUGUGGUACCUUCAUACUUAUAUAUUUAAUUUAUUGCUAAAAGAAAAAGAUGGCUAAUCUGCCUUGAUGACUUUUGUAUUCAAAUAUUGCUCAGCUCUUCUCUUGGGCUCAACAAUGUGACAUAGACUGAGUGACACCAUCACAAACUCGAGGUGGUACAAUGUGUAUUCCUGUAAGAAUACUGUUGUAAUAAUAAAGGUUUUUUUUUUUCAAAUCCAA